ACGAGGCGAAAAAUUUAGGCUUUUCUUGAGCGCCUCCAUAUAACAAACAAGGGGAAAAUUUAGGGUUUCCCUGCAAACUGAAGGAGCUCCCCUGAAGCGUCAAUCGGAAAUGCCUAAGCAAAUUCAUGAGAUCAAGGACUUCCUUCUCACUGCUAGAAGGAAAGACGCCCGCUCGGUAAAGAUCAAGAAAAGCAAAGAUGUUGUAAAGUUCAAGGUCCGCUGCUCGAAAUACUUGUACACCCUUUGUGUGUCAGAUGCCGAGAAGGCCGACAAAUUGAAGCAGUCUCUUCCACCAGGUUUGACCGUUCAAGACCUGUGAAAAUUACAGCUGCCCUAAGCUUUUGUCAGCUCCAUUAAUGGGAAAUGAAAACUGGAUUUUGACUUCUAGUUUACUUCUUGCAUUUCG